AUGUCGAUAUGGGACGCCAUGAAGGGUGUUCCGGACAGGAAGCCAAGAAAACAAAAGCUUCUGGAGGAUAGCAAGUUUGAAGAUAAGAAAGACGCAAAAAACAAGGACAACAACAAAAAAGGCGAGAAUGACGCAAAGGGAAAAGACAAGCACGAUGACUCUGACCUUACCGAGGACGAUCGGAUCAUUCUACGCAUGAAGGGCGAGAAUCAACAAGCACAAUGGAAGGACAUCCUCGCCGAGACCACCAACUUCAAGCACGUGGGCGAGCUGAAGGCACGCUGGAAGCACAUCAGCCACAGGCUCGAAGCGGAGAGCAAGCACGAAUCUAAGGAGGGUAGGAAGGACAAGGAUCCUGACAGAGAGGAGAGAAUCAAGAGACAUCGUGAGGAAGGCCUGAGGAGGAAAGCCGAAAGAGAAGCUGCUCGAGCCAAAAGGCAAGAGGAGGAAAAUAAUGCGGAGGAACCGAAGGCGGAAUAUAGCACCAAAUCUGACAAAAAUGACAACGACAGCAAAUGGGCAAAGUCAGAUAGCAAAGCCAGGAAACCCAGCUCAUCACCUCACAGUCUCAAAGAAUGGGCUGACGAAUACGACAAGAAGAAAUGGCACAUGCUGGCUGCGAAACACUACGACAAGACGGGAGAGCGCAUCACGGCCGACCGAGCCCGGAGGCUGGCUGAGACGGAGUGA